UAACCGCGUCGACCCCGCAUUGUCCGUUGCGAGCCUAAGUCGCUGCUGCUGCUUUUUAAGGCAUCGAAGCGGCUUUGGUGGUGCUUUUGUAAAGUGCCCGACCCGUAAUCGGAUCCGACAGCGCAGACCUUUUAGCUAAAGUUGCACUUUGAUAGCAAUUAAUUUUAAAGCCACAAUUACAAUUGUACUUGAACCCAGGUCUGAAUUGGAACGUCCCACGUUUAAAUCCUGAGGCACCAACUCUGUCAUCGUAUAAUGAGUCGAACACUUUUGUUUUGAAGGCAAUAGCGGUUGUCCCAUGGUCACGAAUUCUCACCUGGUUAAAUUAAUCUCGGACAUGGGGUAAUUAAAUAUAUUGACAGAGUUCUAUCUAGCCAAUGAAAAAUAAAUGUUUGCUUGCUUAUUGGUCUGCAGAUUUUUAGUUAAGUUAUGGCUGUCAUUAAUCUGACGACUGCAGCCCGUCAUGGCCCAUCACGCCCCAAUCCCAGCCAGAAUCCUGAAGAUGCCGUUUUUUGCGAUCUGAUUUUGGAAGUUGCCAUGUCGUCUGGGCUGUGGAAACCGUUGCUGGUGAUGAUUGCUGGCAGCAAUUUAUCUUAGAUUUGCAGUGGAUCCGUGGCCUCAACUGUGUCGAUGAGAGAUCUAUUGGGCUGGGUGCAGCCCGGGGCGUGCUUGCCCGUGGAGCAGCAUGCUUGCCAGCUGCUGCAGCAGCUCAAGGCCAUGCUGGACGAGAGACUGCUCACCGACGUGCUGCUCCUCGUCGAGUGUGGCGGCUCCUUCCCCUGCCACCGCAACGUCCUCGCUGCCGUCAGCCCCUACUUCCGGUCGAUGUUCACCAAUGGGCUGACGGAGAGCUCUCAGCGCGAGGUCUCCAUCCUCGGCGUGGAGGUGGAGGCCAUGCAGCUGGUGCUGGACUUUGCGUACACGUCGCGUGCCAACCUCACCGAGUCCAACGUGCAGGGAGCCUUCGCGGCCGCCAACCUCUUCCAGAUCCCAGGACUGCUCUCGCUCACGGCGGCGUUCAUGGCGUCGCGUCUCGACGCGCAGAACGUCGUGGGGGUGUUCGCGUUCGCCGACGCGCACCACCACGCCGAGCUGCGCGCCGCCGCCUGCGGCUUCAUCCGCCGCUGGUACCCGGCGGUGGCGCGCGAGCGCGAGUUCGGCGGCCUGAGCCGCGCCCAGCUCGAGGAGCUGCUGUUGAGCGACGACCUCAACGUGGAGCGCGAGGAGCAGGUCUACGAGAGCGUCGUGGCGUGGGCCGGGCGCGACCCCGACCGCCUGCCCGAGCUGCCCGGCGUGUUCGCGCGCUGCCUGCGCCUCUCGCUCAUGGACGCCGAGUACGUCCGCGCGCUGCCCGCGGCGCUGUCCCGCGCGCUGCGCCCGGACGGAGCCGCUGCUUCCGCAGACGCCAACCCCGAGGCCCAGGCAAGCCGGCCGCGGCUCGGAAUGACCGCCACGGAGAUGGUGAUCUGCUUCGAGGCGGCGCACAAGCAUUCCGCGCGCAAGCGCACGGUGAUCUGCCUCGACCCGGCGACGCACGACGUCUACCGCCUGAGCCGGCUACCGGGCGACCUGCGUGAGGCCGGCCUCCUCGUCACGCCCGACAACGACCUGCUGGUGGCCGGCGGCUACCGGCCGGGCUCCAACGAGGCGGCCGUGGACCACCGCGCCGAGGCAGAGUGCUGGCGCUACGAGCACUCGAGCGACCAGUGGCGCGUCUGCGGCACGCUCGUGCGCGCGCGCAUCCGCUGCCAGCUGGCGCACUGCCGGGGGGCGACGUACGCCGUGGGGGGCCACGUGUACGAGGGCGACGGCCGCAACGCGCUCAAGUCCGUCGAGCGCUACUCGGAACGCGACGAGGUGUGGACCUCGGUGAGCCCCAUGCCGGUCGCCAUGGAGUACCACAGCGCGGCCGCGGCACUGGGCAGGAUCUACGUGUUGCAGGGCGACGUGUUCCUGGCCUACCAGGCGGAGCACGACCACUGGGAGUACCUGACGCCCAUGACGGUACCGCGGCUGCAGAGCCACGCGCUCGUGUGCGGCGACUGGCUCUACUGCGUGGGCGGCGCCCUCUCCUCGGCCGCAGCCGCCGCGGCGGCGGCGGCCGCGGCGGCCGGCGGCGGCGACGGCGGCGGCGACGACGCGGGGGGGCCUUGCGAGGGCAGCCGUCGGCGCACGCUGACGGUGGAACGCUACUCGCUGCGCUACAACGUGUGGGAGCGGCGCUCGGAGCUGCCCCUGGACCCCGGCGCGAGCCCCUACGCGCGGCCCGUGGCGCUGGGCGGGCGCCUCCACAUGUUCGUGCGGCAGACGCAGGUGCUGCUGGAGGAGCUGGUGUUCAGCAUGUGCCGCCGGUACUCGCUGUACGCCAACGAGGGCGAGGCCGACACGUGGCGCGAGGUGUACACGGCGCCCGAAAGACUCUGGGACCUGGGGCGCCACUUUGAGUGCGUCGCCGCCAAGAUGUACCCGCAGUGCCUGCACAAGGUGCUGUGAUGGGGGGGGGGGGGUGCUCGAGGAUGAGGUGAGGGCACAGCGGGAGGUCCCAGAAUGCGUAGGAACUUUCCACCAAUAACUGCAGAGUUUUAUUUUAUUUAAAUAUCAACACACCGUCAUUUCACUGAAGUGCAGCGGUCGAACGUCGCCAAUAAAUCUCUCCGAUUUCGUGGCCACAAGACACCGUCUCCAUUGCGAGGCUUUGAUUAGAUUUUCCUCAUCACGAAGACUUCCAAAUUGGUGUUGGGCCGGACGGCACGCGCAGCCUGGGUGGGUGUAGCUACCAUGCGUGUUUGCGUGACGGAUCUUGUCUUAACGGAAGGUGCAAUCGGGAACCAGCGCUCUUGUUUCCUCCACUGUGUUACCACCACUCUCAAGCUCCGUUUGAUGGGACUGCCAGAACCACUUUCUGCCAUUUACGCAGUCCCUGAACGUCCACUUUUUUAUGAAUAUCACUCGGACGUGUUGCGAGCGCAAGUUGAAUGCGCCUCUAUGAUACUGAUGGUCGUAGCAGCGCCUACAAAAUUCUGUGUCCCUCGUGCGUGUGUGCUGUGCGCGAAAGUGCUGGGCGUACAGCUCUGAGCACUGCUGCUGUAUUUCUCAUCUCUCGAAAGGGGAGGGCCCCGCCCCCCCGCCCCACCCCCCGCACCCCAGGGCUGGGAUUGUUACCGGUGCUGCGAUCUGCACAAAUGUGAACACUUGGAGGCUCGCUUGGGGAAAAUGCGUAUUUUUGUCAAAAUGUGAUCUGCUGCUCGGAGGCCGCUUACUGAAUUGCCCCCCACCUCUAGUCGUUGGCCCCUUGCAGGUUGGGCUUUGUCGUUGAUGCCCCCCUGGUUUAAACGUUGUCUUUUUUAUGAUGCUUUCUCUCCACGGCCAUUCUCUGUGAACACCGUCGGAGCUCUUGACUCUUUUAAACUGGGCAUUCGCUUUUAUUUUUGAUUCUCACGCGGCCACGUCCCGCAAGCUCCUGGACGUGGCAACGGCGUUCCGGAGACGCUCGUGUGUGCCGCGUACGGCGAGGCGCUGGCUCGGUUAUCGGUGGCGCGUGUACCACGGCCCACGUGCGACCUACAUAUCGCUGGCAUUGCAGGAUUACUGGGAUAUCGCCAACUGUUGAAGGACCACACGGAUCUCGCUAAAUGUUACACGUCCCGCACCAGCGAAGUUUUCACCUUGUUGGUGUUACCAAGACGCCGCUUCAAGCGCCAUGGCGGCACCACGACCAUGGCCAUGGCGGCACCACGACCAUGGCCAUGGCGGCGCCACGACCAUGGCGGCACCACGACCAUGGCGGCACCACGGCCAUCGCCAUGGCGGCGCCACGGCCAUCGCCAUGGCGGCGCCACGGCCAUCGCCAUGGCGGCGCCACGGCCAUCGCCUUCGCCCGAGGAUUUGCUCCGUUACGGCUCGACCACCAAACUCUGGGAACGCGGCGCUACUGCUUGAUGCCUUCACUGUUCACUGCAUAACUUGAAACUACAAGAGGCUGCUGAUGUGUUUUUAUAUUGGGCAUCCUCUGGGGUAUGUGUUAAUUUGCCCGUGUUGCUGGUGUUGUGUGAGCGAAUUGUGCUUGUUAGUGUGCGGUGGGGAGGAGGUGAUGGUGCAAUUCGACCUCGUUCGGUGACUCCGGAGCGCAGCUCCCAUGUCCUGGGGUCCGUGGUGAAGGCCAUAGCAGAAAUUGCUCCCCAUGUUUAAAACCGUGAGGUGGAGGGCUUGAUGUCCACGGUCAUCGUGGCCAAUUGCGUUGAUGCCACCACAACCUGCCAACGCUUCCGCCAUCUCGCUCGGCUAGGCUAUUGCAGCCCCCCCCCCCCCCCCCCUCAGAACGCCCCACUCCGGUCUCCCAGCGUCUGCCUGUGGCUUCUUCCCUUUGGGCCACCUCUCCGGUACCUGUCUCUGUAACUGCUCUCCCGCCGUGCUGCACGAAAAUAGACCCACCAACUCGUCCGGCCUCGUUUACAAACCCAAGGGUCGUCUUUUGAAAUCCGUGAAUGGAAAUUUGUAGUGGUGCGAUUGUGCCACACUUGCACGCGUGCAUAAAGGAUGUGGCAAACAUUUUUAACAUUUCCCCUCCACCCAACAAAUGACUUCUUGUAGCAUACGAGCGCUCAAGGCGGAGGUGUGGAUGGUUGGUGGCCGUGUCCGCGUGUCCGCUGCUGCUUCCCUGCUCUCUCUUUGACUCAGGACUCCUCUUGUUUUCUUGGGGGAAGAGUCGAGUCAUGCAGAUGGGACACCUCUCAUGCAACAAAAUAAGUGUCUGGGUUUUAAAAUGUUUGUGUUGCCUUUUAUGACUUUGAGAGUUGCAAAUAAAGUUUCAAAAAAA